AUGGACGGUGAAGACAGAAAUGUCGAGAGCGUGCGACUGGCUGCAUUGCGGUGGUUUAAUCCGCCUGAUCUUCCGCACAGCGUUGAAGUCAUUCCUGCGAACGCUAGCCAAGAAGCAGGCAAACAACUAGCUGAACGGUCUUUUCUAUUGGUCAAAUAUCCGUUAAACAAAAUGAGCUCAUCUUUUGAAUUGACGAGGAGAAUGCAUCGCAAUCACUUGGACCCGACGCGGUACGUGGACACGAAGGCCUUCGAGGAUUACCAGCACUAUAAAGGCCAGGAGCUGGUGGUGUCCGAAUGCGUUGUCGGUUCUCCCUCCGAAGUGUUUGACGCGUGGCUGGAGGAAGUUUGGCUGACUGGGGGCACGGAGCUGCACGAGGGCGUAGGCCGAGGUUAUGUCGGCCACGUACGUGGCGCCCCGCUGGGUAUUGAAGAGGAAAUUAUAUCGGCAGGGCUACCCAUUGACGAGCCUGUGGACAGUGAUGGAGGGCGGCCGAGUCUUGCUGCAGCCCGACGUAGUCGUUCCAAGAUCCCGUCGAUCAGCUACAAGAUUAACAAAUUCGGGCUGUUCCCGAUCCAGGAUCACCUCGCGUUCGUGCAGUUCGUGGACGUCGCGGCGUCUCCAGAAAGCACACCGGCGACGCUGGUGAUCUGGUCUCUCAAGAUGGAACCGUCAACGCUGGGAUACCUUCUCUGCUGCGGUGGAUUUGCCAAAGUCAUCCUGCGUUCGGCGCUGCAAGGCUUCCUCGGCACAUUGGCAAGAAACGCUGCUACCAGAGCGGACCGGCACCUGGAAUAG